CUAGAAGUAACUAGGCACUCUAGUUCUAGUUUGAUGUUUGAUCAUCCCUGGCCCUCACCUCGUGUUCCACGACAGAGAGCAGCGGCAAAUUUUCGAGGUUAGCGUUUACAAAUUUACCGAACGUAAACGUUCACGAAAUUUUAACUUGUACGCUGAUGUAAAAGCUGUGCAAUCGCGAUCAUGGCAGUGCGUGCACAAUUCGAAAACAACAACGAGAUUGGCGUCUUCUCAAAAUUGACAAACUCUUAUUGCUUGGUAGCGAUCGGCGGUUCCGAAAACUUUUACAGUGUAUUUGAAGCAGAAUUAGCAGAGACAAUUCCUGUUAUUCACGCAUCAGUGGCAGGAUGUCGUAUUAUAGGUCGACUCUGUGUUGGAAAUAAAAAUGGAUUAUUAGUGCCAAAUACAACAACAGAUACAGAAUUGCAACACAUUCGAAAUUCGUUACCAGAUAAUGUGAAAGUACAAAGAGUAGAAGAGAGGCUGUCUGCUCUCGGCAAUGUUAUAGCAUGCAACGAUUACGUCGCUCUAGUUCAUCCAGAUCUGGAUAAAGAAACUGAAGAAAUUUUAGCUGAUACCUUGAAUGUGGAAGUAUUUAGGCAAACUGUUGCAAGCAAUGUUCUUGUUGGAUCAUAUUCCAUUUUAUCCAAUCAAGGUGGUUUGGUGCACCCAAAUAUGUCUAUACAGGAACAAGAUGAAUUAUCCUCUCUUCUACAAGUACCACUCGCGACUGGAACAGUGAAUAGAGGCAGUAAUGUAAUUGCAGCCGGUAUGGUUGUAAACGAUUGGGCUGCUUUCUGUGGCAUGGAUACCACUUCAACAGAAAUCGCUCGUAUCGAGAGCGUUUUUAAACUUAAUGAAGCUAAUCCAACUCCUAUUACAACAAGUAUGCGUGCACCUUUUAUAGAAAGUAUGUCGGAUUUGUAAAAAAAAGAGAACUUCGCUAAAAAUAAACAUUGGAGAUGUACUGGAUUAUACAAUUGUGUACAUGUACAUAAAACUCGAUAUUUAUGUUUUACACGUCUGCACAAAAUUAUUCUUUCGUCAACAUAUCUAAGACGAGCACUUUGCCGCGAUUCCGAUGUAGGAUGAUAAGUGUAAUAAGGUUCUCUAUAUUAAAAUUUAUACAUACGAAAUA